UAAUCCAGUAUUCUUCAUAUUCUAAGUAUAUUUUUUCGUUUUUUUAUCAUCAUCUUAUUUUGUACAAAACCUUGUUGUACUACUUUCUCUAAACGUAACCUAUUAACUAUCACAUGACGAAAUUUUUGUAUCUUUUUAUAGAAUAAUUUGUCGACUAUUUUUGUUUUGUUUAAUUAUUUGAAUUUCUAACACAGUUGGGGAUUAUUCCCUUUCGCGAAGUCGCGCCAAGUUUGAACUAGUUCACGGAAAUUAUUGUCUCAUUUGAUACAGUUGUCAAUCAGCCCUGUUGAACACGAAAUGAUUCAAAUUCUUGAAAGGUUACUGACUACCUAGCUAUCAGCGGUUGUUUGAGCAUCAAGCGCAUUAUUUCGUGAUACCGGAAUACUGUGUAUAUUAUGCAGUUAAAGGUAUGUAGCGCUUUGAGCGACUUGAAAGAAACCGCCCAAGAGAAAUAUACCCAGAACAAAACAAAAGUAAUAUGUAAGUCAAAUCAAAGUUGCGGCUGAUUUCACUAGUAGCCGGCUCUUUGAUUAUGGAGGCCACGGCAUGAAUUUACAUAUAAUUGGUCGUGACUACCGCGGGUGUUCAAACCGGAGGCAAGAAGGGGGGUGCACGGAACGGGUCCACUUCAAAUUGUUUGUUUUUUUGUCUUCACUUCAUCUAGAGCAGUCGCAAGAGUGAGCGGUGAGAAAUCCAACAGAGGUAAUAAACUAUUCCAUCGAAUGAAGAGCGAGUUAAAACAUCCUAGUGCUGCUGGUUAAAAACUUUUGCAAUUGGAAAUUUUAUUUCUCACAUUGCAAAAAUGCAAUUGGAAGUUUAUUAUUUUAUUGUGUUAGCUUUUACGGUGGUGACCGUACGCAGUAUCACACAAAAUGAUCUCAUAAUUUCCGAUGGUGAUCAACUCCAAUUUCUCAUCAACGGAAGGGAAUCCCGAACACUGACGUUGGAUUCCUACAAUGCGUCAAAGUUGUCCGCUCUCGCUUACGAUCCUGCAACAAAGAAAUUAUUUUUCUCCGACCUGCGCCAUAUUCAUGGGCACAUCUUUAGCGUCAAUCUUGACGAAGAGUCCCCUCAUCUUGUUAAAGAUAUUGUUGAAAAAAAUUCUAACGAAACGGUCGAGAGUUUGACGUACGAUCCUGUGGACAAAAUGUUGUUUUGGGUCGACGGAUUCAACCGAUCCAUCCGUCGAAUCCGGAUUGACCAUGACAAUGAUCCCUCGGACGAAAAGGCUGGCGUUGAGAUAGUUCAUUUUCUGAACGACGAAGAUAAACCACAGGGAAUAGUCUCCGAUCCUUGCACAAGAAUGUUGUACUGGACAAACAUUUACAAUUCGCGCCCCGUUGUUGAGCGUUCAUUUCUCAAUGGAAGCCAACGCGAAAUCCUGAUUGAAACCGACUUGUUACGGCCGAUUUUGUUAGCGCUCGACGUGAUGGAGCAGAGACUGUACUGGGCCGAGAGUCUCCGCAAUGGAUACUUCCAUAUUAUGCGAAGCUUCGUGAACGGAUCGGAAAGGGAGACAAUUUAUCGCGGACUCGGUCAAAUAGUCAUCAGUCUCACGGUGGGCGAUGACUUCGUGUACUGGAGUGAUUACAAUCACAAGAAGAUUUGGUGUCUGCGGAAGGACGGGUCAUCGAGGAGUCCCUUAUCUCUUGGAACUUUUCGCAAUCCUGCGUUGGGUCUGGUGGUGAUUCACCAUCAACCUGUCAACUGCACUAUGCUGUCGGAGGAUGGUCAAGCCGAAAAAUCUUUCGCUGAAAAAUCAGAAAUAAUUACAAUUGCUGUUUGUUUGACCGGCACUUGUCUCAUUUUAAUGGGGAUUGUGGCCGCCCUUAUCUUUCGAGUGUGGAAGUCAAUGGGUUGUCAGCGAUUGGCAUUCGUUUCCAACAAGAACGAGGAUGAUACUUUCCCAUUUCAUUAUUUCGACGACUAUAGUAAUUCUUAUGCAAUGGUUGAGAAGGCAACGCCGUAGUGCAUUGAAAUUUCAUCCCAAGUCAAAUUGUUUUUUUCUCAUUGGCUACUAAAAUUAAAUUAUCUAUGACAUUGUUUUCAAAUAAAGUUUUAAGAUUAG